UUUGAGCGUAAGAUAAUGAUAGCAUUACCCACAUCUCAAUGUACAAAAAUAAUAUCAGUCAGUGUAGCAUUGUGUUUCACUACCAAUCUGAAAACGAUUGAGGGUUUUCAUUUAGUCCUGCUCAGACUUCUGCCGUUAACGAUGCAAGUUCUACAAGUAUUUUGUUUACUAGUGGCCUUAGGGCUUGCUGCCGCGACCCUACCAGAAACUGUUGAUUACUCUGGACAUAAAGUGGUCAGUAUUUUACCAAAAUCCAAAGAGAAUGUUCAAAUGCUAGAAAGCUUCGAGCGCAAAGGUUUGAUCAAAUAUUGGAAACAGCCAUCCGGAUUGAACCGCUUCGCAUCCAUUCAAAUAUCUGCUGGUAAUUUUGAACUGAUAUCCAAGAUUUUAGCUGAGCAAGGGUUGAGUCCGACCAUCCUUAUCGACAAUAUUCAAGAGCUAAUUGAAAAGCAAAACAGUGAAAUUCGUCAACGCCAAAUUGAAAAUGCGAACAACCGGGCUUUUGAUUUCGAAAAUUUUCACGUUUACAGCGAAUUGUUGGCAUUCAUGCAAGAAAUGGCUACCAAUAACUCUUUGGUGACUUAUUCCGUCAUUGGACAAUCCUACGAAGGUCGCGACAUUGGACAAGUUGAGGUUCGAACCGGAAGUCCUGGUUUCAAACAGAUCAUUUUCUUAGAAUGCGGAGUGCACGCCAGAGAAUGGAUCACAGAGUCUACUUGCAUUUGGAUUUUUGAUCAAUUAGCCAGUGGAUAUGGCGUCGAUCCCGAAAUUACCGCGUUAGUAGACAAAUACGACUGGAUCAUUGUGCCAACUUCAAACCCGGAUGGAUACGAGUAUUCAUGGACAUCGGAUCGUCUCUGGAGGAAAAACCGAGCCCUAACAGACAAUCCAGUAUGUCCAGGUGUCGAUUUGAACCGAAAUUACGACGCUAAUUUUGGUGGUGAUGGAUCAUCUGCGUUGGCUUGCUCGGAGACUUAUCACGGAGUAAGCGCUUUUUCGGAAUCUGAGGCCGUAGCAAUUCGCGACAGUUUGGCUGCGAACCACGGAUUCGUCAAGGCUUUUGUUUCCGUUCAUUCUUAUGGUGGAAUUUGGAUGUCUCCAUACGGUUAUUUAACUGAACUACCUCUGGAAUACGACGAAAUGUAUCGAGUCAUGGCAAUUGGAUGUGAGGCUAUCACUGCGACCUACGGAACUCCUUUUGAAUAUGCCAACGAAGCAGCUAUCUUAUAUUUGACAUCAGGAACUACCAGAGAUUACGCCUAUGUCGGUGAAAAUAUUAUUUACGCGUACACGAUCGAGACGCGUGGAAUGGCUUACGGAUUUAUCCCUCCACCGAGGGAAAUCUUAGUCACGGCUAUUGAAACCUGGAAUGGCAUCAAGGCUAUGGCCAAUAACCUGUUGUAAUUUGCCAAUCGCGUUCUUUUACUGUGUAGUCACGCAUGAACAACAUGAUUUUUCCGUUUAAAAAAAGAAGCAGUAUUUAGUCCGGGUUGGUUCAAUCAACUUAAACAUAGUAAUAAACGAUUAUAUUCGCA